AUGCCGAGACUGUCGCACGCGGCGGUGUUGCAGCCCCUUCUUGUCGGACCCCCGUGCGGAGUGCUGGAGCAGCAGAGAAACAAAAAUCGGAAGAGGGGGAAAAAAAAAUCCCCUGUGCUGGCUCUGACUGAUGCGACGUUUGACGACGUAGUUAAGAGCGGUGAUGUCCUGGUGAAGUUUUACGCACCCUGGUGUGGCCACUGCAAACGUAUGGCUCCCGAGUACGAGAAGGCAGCCAUGUUGAUGGCGGAACGGAAUUCAAAGGUGAUCUUCGCUGAGGUGGACGCUACGUCAGAAACUGCUACCUCGGACAGCCAAGCUAUUCACGAGUAUCCCACGAUCAGGCUGUACCACAACAAGCACCCUGAGAACUAUGCAGGGGACCGCACGGCCGAGGAUAUCAUCGCGUGGCUGGAGAUGAUGACCGGUCCAGCAGUAACAGAAAUCCAAGGCCCUGUGGACGAGAAAGAUGUCAAAAGCGUCGCCUUUGUAGCAGAGUUGAAAUCAAAAGAGAGUCCUCUUCAAAAUAUAUUUGGAGAAGUUGCUGAUAACUCAAGGCAGCUCGGCCAGUUUAUGGUCAUAUACGGCGCUGCUGAAGACAAAAUCUAUGCCAUGAGGCCUGAGGAGGGCACCGUCGAUUUUACCGGCAAGACGGCAGAUGAACUCAAAGAAUUUGUGAAAAUUGAAACCUACCCCACUUUUGGGACCGAUUAAUAGCAAAAAACUUCAGAAAAUAUAUUGAUUCGCGAUGUCAGUAUGGCGUGGUUGUGCGGCACGGAGGACGACUUUAAGGAGGCAAAACAGUCUGUGCGCGAGGCAGCACGCCAGUUGCGUGGAAAAUAUUACUUUGUAUGGCUUGACACAGGCUUGUACAGAGGUCACGCGGAGAACGCGCUCGGCGUAACAGAGUUCCCCGCCUUGGUGUUUCAGGGCUAAAGAAGCCCGCUACGCAUUCCAGGCCCGGAUGUGAAAUCAUCAUUGAAAAGUUCUUCAAAAAUUGUCAAGUUUUUCGAAGACGUAGAGGAGGGCAAGGUCGAGCGCCUAUUGAAGUCAGAACCAGUUCCCGAAACUCAAACUGAAUCCGUGAAGGUGGUUGUAGGAAAGAAUUUCGAGGAGAUGGUUGUUCAGGAAGACAAGGACGUUCUUCUCGAGAUUUAUGCGCCGUGGUGUCAGUACUGUAAAAACUUUGAACCAGUGUACAAGGAGUUUGCGGAGAAAAUGAAGGACAACGAACACCUCGUGGUUGCGAAGAUGGACGGUAGCGCCAAUGAGACCCCCCUCGCAGAAUUUACCUGGGAACACGUACCCCUGUAUUUUUUCGUCAAGGCUGGAGAGAAAUCUCCCAUAAAAUUUGAGGGGUCUCGAACGGUUGAGGGUCUUGAGGAGUUUGUUAAAAAGCAUAGCACUAAGUCGCUCGUUUCUGACCGCAGCGAGGAACUCUAG